UCCGGACAGAAAGGUUAACGCAGCCGGUUUGUUUUCCUCUGUAGGGUUGCUACAUUGAUCCCACUCCCACCUCCUCCCGCUGUCAGACCCGUCCUGAGCCGGUGAGAGUCAGUGUGACCCGGACUGCGGCAGUCCCGCUCUACCCCGGCUCACCCGGCCCUGUCCAUCUGUAAUGAGCGACGGACACAUCACAGCCGAGUGGCCUCGGGAGCCGCAGCUCAGACUCAACUCUCCGUACAGGGUGAGAACACCGGUGCAGGAACAUUGUCGGUCACCCGGGUAGUCAGACUGUGAACAUCAGAGGGCCUAACCAGCAGGUGGAGUUGUCCCGCACCGCGACCAAAUGUAAACAAGACGACAACAAUCAACCAUCGUCAGUCAGAGUCAUAAUGGCUACAGAUCUGCAACAUUUGCGGGUUUUUUUACGAGGCCCCGCCCACGGUCUGAUGACGCGGCCAUUACUUCGCAAAUACCCACAGUCCACGGAUGGGCGGUAGUUUUCUUUCCGUUCUGUCUUGAAGCGUAUCGUCGGCGGGGAGCCGGGGGACGGAUCACUUGUCUGCGGGGCAAAUGUAUCGUUACCGUCGGUUAGUGCAAGCAGGUGAGUCUUCCUCCCACCCGGACGGCGGAGAAGCAGACGCCAAUCAACCAACGUCAGUCGGAGUCAGAAUGGACACAGAUCUGAACUCCGCAAUCUCUGCCUUCCUGUCAAAUUGUGAGGAUCACCAACUGUACCAGUUGACGAGAUUCUACAUGAAGCGACUGGAGCAGGCGAUUGAGGAGCGUGUGGAGGAAGUCGGCUUUAUGUUAAUGGGCGAGGAUCACUUCACCGGGUCAGAGUAUCACAGCGUGACUGAGCUGGCGGAGAAGGGAAACCGAGCGGGAGCUUCCAAACUCCUCCUGGAUCUGGUGAUGGAGAAGGGCUCCGAGGCCCGGAGGAUGAUGUGGGAAUCCUUUGUGAAACUACACCACCAUUUACCGAAGCUGAGCAGAAUAUUGGAUGAAAUACGGGAACGUGGUGACGGCCAGUUCGCCUACAUGGACACUGAGCGGGGUUUACCUGAAAUGCCUACUGACCUGAAAGAUGUUCAACGGAAACACAUGGGGACUCUGCGGGCACAAACGGAAACACUGAGAGUGAACAUGAUCCUGAUGAGGGAGAAGGUGAAGGUUUUCCAGCUGGUUGAUCGAUACGCUGAGCUCACGGUCAUUUCUACUGUUCGAGAUCGGACACUGGUGGAACAUGAGCUGCUGGCAAGAGGCAGAGACCAUGAGGAGUGGAGAGAGAAACAUCUCCGUGGAGAGCUGGAAAAAAUCGGGACUGAUCAGUUAUUCAAGAGCAGUUUUGUUCAAAAACGUAAAAGAUGUUUCUUUGGAAACAAAUCCGGGAUGUCCGCAGCAGUGGCCGGAGUCUCGGGGAUCGGGAAAACAACAAUGGUACAAAAGAUAGUCUAUGACUGGGCCACGGGGAAAAUAUACCAACAAUUUCAGUUUGUCUUCAGUUUCAAGUUCCGCGAUUUAAACACCAUUAACUGCAGAAUAAACCUGAGGGAAUUGAUUCUGGAUCAGUAUCCUUACUUUGGAAAUAUCCUGAGAGAGGUCUGGAAGAAUCCAGAGGGAUUGUUGUUUAUAUUCGAUGGUCUGGAUGAAUUCAAGCACAAAAUCGAUUUUGCUGACAGUCGAAGAGAUACAGAACCCAAGCAUCAGUGCCCAGAUCCCGAGUGGUGGUGUGAAGUGUCUGACAUUGUGUGCAGUUUAAUCCAGGGCAAGCUGCUCCCAGGGUGUUCAGUGCUGGUGACCACCCGUCCCACUGCGUUACAUUUAUUGGAAAAGGCAAUGAUCAGUGUCUGGGCUGAAAUCCUGGGAUUCGAUGGUGAGGAACGGAAGGAAUAUUUCAUCAAAAAUUUUGAAGAUCAGUCGGUGGCGGCAGAUGUUUUCAAACACGUGAAGGAGAACGAGAUCCUGUACACCAUGAGCUACAACCCUUCCUACUGCCUGUUCCUCGCUCUGACACUGGGCCCCUUCUUCACACAAAGAGUCAGGGGCCCGCAGCGAGUUCCCAAGACCAUCACCCAACUGUACUCCUACUAUAUUUACAACAUCCUGAAAAACCACGGCCGUGAGAUUGAGAACCCCCGUGAUGUGUUACUCAGGGUUGGUCAGAUGGCCUUCAGAGGAGUGUCCGAGAAGAAGAUUGUGUUUACAAGUGGAGAUUUAAUCAAAAACAAUCUGCAGCCUUCCCAAUUCCUGUCCGGGUUCCUGAUGGAGCUUUUGGAGAGAGAGGAUUCUGCCCGGAGCGUGGUGUACACAUUCCCUCACCUCACUAUCCAAGAGUUUGUAGCUGCAGUCACGCAAUUCCUGAAUCCACAUCCCGGGGACAUCCUGAAAUUCCUCACUGAAUCCCAUAACACGACAGAUGGUCAAUUUCAUGUAUUUCUUCGUUUUGUUGCUGGUCUCUCCUCCCCAAUGACAGCUCCGGGCCUGGAGGAGUUUCUGGGUCCAUUUCCUGAACAAACAACCUGCCGGGUGAUUGACUGGGUGAAGAAGGAGGUUAAACGUCAGAGUGGAAACACAUGGAGUGAAGCUGGUAAAAGGAGCCUCCUGAACACAUUACACUACCUGUUUGAGUCUCAGAAUAGUGGACUGGCUCAGGCCGCACUGGGAUCUGUGAAGAAACUUUCAUUCAGUGGAAUGACACUGACCCCGAUUGACUGCGCUGUCCUGUCUCAUGUCAUCGGACUCUGUGAUGCAAUAAAACAUCUCAAUCUGGAGGGCUGCCACAUUCAGUGUAAAGGAAUCCAGUGGCUGGGACCCGGGCUGUACAAGUGCCAGGAGUUGAGCCUUGGGUGGAAUAAACUGGAAGAUGCAGGAGUGAAACUGGUUUCUGCGGCUCUGAGGAUGCGAGAGUGUAAAAUACAGAAACUGUGGCUAGACAAUGUCGGUCUCAGAGAUUCUGAUGUCGAGGAUCUCGUCUCCGCUCUCAGUACAAACACAUCACUGACGGAGCUGGACCUGGGUGCUAACAAACUGGGAGAUUCAGGAGUGAAACGGGUGUGUGAGGCUCUGAGGAACUCGGAGAGUAAAAUACAGAAACUGUGGCUGUAUGACGUCGGUCUCACAGCUAAUGGUGCCAAGGACCUCAUCUCUACUCUCAGUACAAAUCGAUCACUGACAGAGCUGAAUUUGAAUGAUAAUAAACUGGGAGAUUCAGGAGUGAAACUGGUGUCGGACGCGCUGAGGAACCCGGAGUGUAAAAUACAGAAACUGUGGCUGUGGAAUGUCGGUCUCACAGUUUCUGGUGCCGAGGAUCUCUCCCCUGCUAUCAAUACAAACCGAUCAUUGACGGAGCUGAACCUGAAUGAUAAUCAGCUGGGAGAUUCAAGAGUGAAACUACUGUCUGCGGCUCUGAGGAACUCGAAGCGUAAAAUUAAGAAACUGUGGCUGAGGAAUGUCGGUCUCACAGAUUCUGGUGCUGAGGAUCUCGUCUCCACUCUCAGUACAAACCCAUCACUGACGGAGCUGAACCUGGGGGCUAAUGAACUGGGAGAUUCAGGAGUGAAACUGGUGUCUGCGGCUCUGACGAAUUCGAAGUGUUGUAUACAGAAACUGUGGCUCAGGGAUGUCGGUCUCACAGAUUCUGGUGCCGGCGAUCUCGUCUCCGCUCUCAGUACAAACCGAUCACUGACGGAGCUGAACCUGGGUGUUAAUAAACUGGGAGAUUCAGGAGUGAAACUGGUGUCUGCGGCUCUUAGGAACGUGGAGUGUAAAUUACAGAAACUGUGGCUGUGUGAUGUCGGUCUCACUGCUAAUGGUGCCAAGGACCUCAUCUCCACUCUCAGUACAAAUCGAUCACUGACAGAGCUGAGUUUGAAUGAUAAUAAACUGGGAGAUUUAGGAGUGAAACUGUUGUCGGCUGCGCUGAGGAUCUCGGAGUGUAAAUUACAGAAACUGUGGCUGAGGAAUGUCCGUCUCACAGAUUCUGGUGUCGAGGAUCUCGCCUCCGUUCUCAGUACAAACCCAUCACUGACGGAGCUGAACCUGGGUGCUAAUGAACUGGGAGAUUUAGGAGUGAAACUGGUGUCUGCGGCUCUGACGAAUUCGAACUGUUGUAUACAGAAAUUGUGGCUGUAUGAUGUCGGUCUCACUGCUAAUGGUGCCAAGGACCUCAUCUCUACUCUCAGUACAAGUCGAUCUCUGAAAGAGCUGAGUUUGAGUGAUAAUAAUCUGGGAGAUUCAGGAGUGAAACUGGUGUUGGACGCACUGAGGGUCUCGGAGUGUAACAUACAGAAACUGUGGCUGUGGAAUGUUGGCCUCACAGAUUCUGGUGCCGGAGAUCUUAACGCCACUCUCGGAGGAAACCCAUCACUGACGGUGCUCAAUCUGAAUAAUAACAAGUUGGAAGAUUUAGGAGUGAAACUGGUGUCUGCGGCUCUGAAGAAAUCACGUUGUAAAUUACAGGAAUUGGGGUUGAGGGAUGUCGGUCUCACAGAUUCUGGUGCCAAGGAUCUCGCCUCCGCUCUCAGUACAAAUCCAUCACUGACGGAGCUGAACCUGAAUGAUAAUAAACUGGGAGAUUCAGGAGUGAAACUGCUGUCUGAGGCUCUAAAGAAGGCGAAAUGUAAAAUCCAAAAACUGUGGCUGCGGGAUGUCGGUCUCACAAAUCCUGGUGCCGAGGAUCUCGCUUCCGCUCUCAGUUCGAACCCAUCACUGAUGGAGCUGAACCUGGGUGCUAAUGAACUGGGAGAUUCAGGAGUGAAACUGGUGUCUGCGGCUCUGACGAAUUCGAAGUGUUGUAUACAGAAACUGUGGCUUUUUGAUGUCAGUCUCACUGCUAAUGGUGCCAAGGACCUCAUCUCUACUCUCAGUACAAGUCGAUCUCUGAAAGAGCUGAGUUUGAGUGAUAAUAACCUGGGAGAUUCUGGAGUGAAACUGGUGUCUGCGGCGCUGAGGGACUCGGAGUGUAAAAUACAGAAACUGUGGCUGUGGAAUGUCGGCCUCACAGAUUCUGGUGCCGGAGAUCUUAACGCCACUCUCGGAGGAAACCCAUCACUGACGGUGCUCAAUCUGAAUAAUAACAAGUUGGAAGAUUUAGGAGUGAAACUGGUGUCUGCGGCUCUGAAGAAAUCACGUUGUAAAUUACAGGAAUUGGGGUUGAGGGAUGUCGGUCUCACAGAUUCUGGUGCCAAGGAUCUCGCCUCCGCUCUCAGUACAAAUCCAUCACUGACGGAGCUGAACCUGAAUGAUAAUAAACUGGGAGAUUCAGGAGUGAAACUGCUGUCUGAGGCUCUAAAGAAGGCGAAAUGUAAAAUCCAAAAACUGUGGCUGCGGGAUGUCGGUCUCACAAAUCCUGGUGCCGAGGAUCUCGCUUCCGCUCUCAGUUCGAACCCAUCACUGAUGGAGCUGAACCUGGGUGCUAAUAAACUGGGAGAUUCAGGAGUGAAAAUGCUUUCUGCAGCUCUGAAGAAUUCGGACUGUAAAAUACAGAAAUUAUGGCUGAUGAAUGUCGGACUCACAGAUUCAGCUGCCGGAGAUUUUGUGUCCGCACUCGGUACAAAAACUUCACUAAUGGUGCUCAGCCUGAAUAACAAUAAACUGGGAGAUUCAGGAGUGAAACUGGUGUCUGCUGCUCUGAUGAAAUCACGGUGUAAAUUACAGGAAUUAGGGCUGAAACAUGUCGGUCUCACAGAUUCUGGUGCCCGCGAUCUCGCCUCCGCUCUCAGUACAAAUCCAUCACUGACGGAGCUGGACCUGAAUGAUAAUCACCUGGGAGAUUCAGGAGUGAAACUACUGUCUGCGGCUCUGAGGAACGCAGACUGUAAAAUACAGAAACUGUGGCUGAGGCAUGUCGGUCUCACAGAUUCUGGUGCCGAGGAUCUCGUCUCCGCUCUCAGUACAAAACCAUCACUGACGGAGCUGAACCUGGGUGCUAAUGAACUGGGAGAUUCAGGAGUGGAACUUGUGUCUGCGGCUCUGAGGAACUCGGAGUGUAAAAUACAGAAAUUUUGGCUGUAUGAUGUCGGUCUCACAGAUUCUGGUGUCGAGGAUCUCGUCUCCGCUCUCAGUACAAACCCAUCACUGACGGAGCUAGACCUGGGUGGUAAUAAACUGGGAGAUUCAGGAGUGAAACUGUUGUCUCCGGCUCUGAGGAACCCGGAGUGUAAAAUACAAAAACUAGGGCUGAACAAUGUCGAUCUCACAGAUUCUGGUGCCGAUGAUCUCGUCUCCGCUCUCAGUACAAACCCAUCACUGACGGAGCUGAACCUGGGAUUAAACUCGCUGACAGACCGAUCUGUCCCCGAUCUCCGCAGUCUCAUACAGACCCUCCCGAGUCUGAAGCGGAUCCUGCUGGACGGGAAUCAGUUCAGUGAGACCGGGAAGAAGGAACUGGAUCUCUGCAGGAACCCAGACCCGGACUGAGAGUGUCCGUGUGAACAUCUGAAUGUGUGAACAUCCCCACCCGCGGGAUGGGGACAGUUUGGCUGAUUCCCCCCGCCCCCAUUUAAAUCCCGGCCUCCCCUUUAACUUCCGCCCUUGCCUUUAAAGGCCGCGCGCCAGGUUUAAUUCCCAACGGUUCUAACGGAACUGACUCCAGUCUCACGCUCUGUGUCAGCGGAAGUGAUCCUGCAGUGACGUUCACCGCCUCCUGUCCAGCGGCGCAGCUUCCGCCGGAUGUGCGUGUUCGAGGCUUCCCCACGUGAGACCCCGGGGAAUGACACAGACAGGAAGAGCCCGGGGGCCGAGUCUCAGUCUGGGACACCGGUGUCCCGGGGUGGGAUUAUCCCGGUAGAGAAUCCUUUUGCUCCCUUUGCUGAGGAUGGUGCAUUCGGCAGUCUGGCCGAUAUAAUGAUGUUACAUUGACAAAUACCUCGGCAGUGACCCUGGAUCUGCAGUGAUCUCGGACACGGUCCUGAAGUGUGAUUUUAUAUUCAUCGGUUCCCCGAUGCAGAGUGACGGAGAGAAACGGGACUGAUUAUUCAACCGGUCACCCGUUGUCGCCGGUCAGUUAAUUGUGUGUGACUGUGAGUGAGUCGGGAGCAGUUUAUUUAUUCCCGCACGUCAGCCGUUCACACAUUGUUUAAUUUACAUCUGUCAUGAUGAAAUCAAUAAACCGCUGUAACUUCCUGACUUGGUGUCGGACUUGAGUCUCGUUAGAGGAGACACAGUGACCUGGGGUUACUGCUGCCCCCCGCACCCGGUGAGCUGCGGUAAUGGGUCUGAGAUCCUCACACUGGUGCAGCAGCGUCUCAGCUCCAGGCUGAGGGAGGUCGGACUGGCAGAGUCUGGGUGCCCAGGCUCUGAUCUCCACCCAACUGCCUUCCUGGCUAACUGACUCCUCCUGCUCCCCGGCAGAGAGUUAAAAUUGACUAUAAUAUAAGACGUGAGACCGCUGAGGUCCCGAGUACGAUAGGGAUCGGGGAUGGAAUACUGGCGUUGAGCACGACGUGAAUCUCCCUCCACACCGUCCCAUCACACACUCCCGGGGUCAGACACAGAGUGAAUCUCCCUCCACACCAUCCCAUCACACUCUCCCGGGGUCAGACACAGAGUGAAUCUCCCUCCACACCGUCCCAUCACACUCUCCCGGGGUCAGGCACAGAGUGAAUCUCCCUCCACACCGUCCCAUCACACACUCCCGGGGUCAGACACAGAGUGAAUCUCCCUCCGCACCGUCCCAUCACACACUCCCGGGGUCAGACACAGAGUGAAUCUCCCUCCACACCGUCCCAUC